GAUUAAAACCGAAUUACCACCACGUGGUUUUUACUCUUACUCCUGAUGACAAAUCCCAUUUCUCAAUCGCUGGUGUCCUGCCCACCUGCGCCUGCCUUCCUGCCGCUAGCUCGCCGUCGCCUCUCGCCGCCGCCGCCGCUACUGCUGCUCCUGUCCUCAUCGUCGCUGAUCUUGUAUGCCUGGGUUCCGAAGCGGAGCGAACUCGGACGGUGAUUGCUAUUGUGUCUACGACUACGGAUAGAUACCACCACCACGCACACACACAUCAACAGGACAUCGUCAUGGAGUGGAUUGAAGUGGUCAAGGAUUUGCACGCCGGAACGAUCGGGGGUGUCGCGGGCAUCGUCGCGGGUCACCCUCUGGACACGAUCAAGGUCAUGCUGCAGACAGAGAAGUCCACGAGUCACCUCGGGAUCGUCGGCACGUGCCGCAACUUGGCGGCGUCCGAAGGUUUCCGCGGGUUCUACAAAGGCAUGCUGAGUCCUAUUCUUAGCAACGCCCCGAUCAACGCCGUGGUGUUUGCCGUGUACGGCCAAACGUCUCGCUUGUGGCAAGACGGGAACUCCGACGCCAAGUUGACCCCGGGACAGCAAUUUCUCGCCGGCGCCGCCGCGGGGCUGUGUCAGGUGACCUUUGCCGCGCCGGCGGAACUGAUCAAGAUCACGAUGCAAGUACACAACUACCCGUCCAACUACUCGUCCUUGACCUGUCUGCGCGACGUAUUCAAGGCCGAAGGACUUCGCGGCAUCUACCGCGGCACUGGCCUUCAAAUCAUGCGCGAUGUGCCGGCAUUUGGCUCGUACUUUUACAGCUACGAAGUGCUCAAGGAUGCGCUCACGGGCGGCCAGCCAGACAACGAAACAACAAUGAACUUGCUGCUAGCGGGGGGGCUAGCUGGGUCGAUUUCGUGGAUGUUAACUCAUCCGAUUGACAUGGUCAAGACCCUGGUGCAGAGCCAGGGGACGGAUCGGGUGUCCAUGUGGGACGUCGUCCGGCGGCAGCAUGCGCUGGAAGGACCCAAGUUCCUCCUCAAGGGCUUCGGCGCCACCAUCCUCCGCGCUUUUCCAGUGAGCGCAGUCACGUUUUUAGUGUAUGAACGCACGAUGCAGUCGCUCAACGCGGCCGAGUUUGACCUGUUGGUGCAAUAAAAAACAUCGCGUUUUAUAAGAAUAAAAAUAUAUACAUCAAGUUGGAGGGGUUA